CCGCCAUUCCUCCGAAGGGUUCACAUAACCUCAGUUUCUGGCUUUGUUGACAAAACAAACAGUUGCGCACGUGGAGUGUUUUUAGAUAAAAUUGAUAAGAAAGUAGUGAUAUAGUGAGGGAAAGAUCAUAUGGACUCGCAAUCUUGCCAAUAUGACGCCACUCUCGGGGGCCACGUUGAGCUCCCGGAGACAGAGAAGGUGUUUGAGUAUGCAGAGAAGAGGCUAUCGGAAGUGGCGACACUUAUCAGGACCAUCAAGCAUCCCACCAAGAGCAAACUCAUCUUCCAGACGAUGCCGCGGCACAUGCGGAGACGCACGGCGUCGCAGAAUCCCAAGAGAUUGCCGGUGCGCUUCCGGCAGGGCCACUUGUCGCAGCUGCGGAAGAGUGGCACGCCCACAGAGAAGAAGCGACCGUGCAGGAAGUACAGACGACGCGUGGGCAAUCUGCGAAUGGAGUACGCCAGGAGGCAGAAGAAAUGUCGUUGGCUGGAGACGCACAUUUGGCACGCCAAGAGAUUUCACAUGGUGCAAAAGUGGGGCUUCAAGAUCCCCUGGGCGCCUUGCGACAAGAGCUACAGAGCCUGCUAUCGUGCCACAGCGAGGCACUGUCUCAUCCAGGACAUUUCCUAUCUCAGCUGCCUGGAGAUCCGCGGGAGAUUGGAAGAUUUGUCGAUGCAGCUGAAGAGGAUCUGCAAUCCCACUGAACUCUCCUUCACGGCCAAGUGUUAUGUGUCUGGCCAGAGGGAGGGAAUCGUGAGCAUCUUUGAGCGGGACAAGUUUCCUUUGGGUGCCAUUGGUCAAGUGAGCUUCUUUUGGAAGCCUCCUGACCAGAAAGCUUCGCGUGUUCUCUGGAUAUUCAUCCAUCCGUCUCACCUUAAGGAUACUGUGUGCCAAUUGGAAGAGCUCUUCGUGCCAGGAAGCGUCCAGAUUCGGGAUUUGGGCCAGAAAAUCAAUAGAUUUCGCUUAACUGGACCUCUUUCUCACUCUGUUCUCACUCACGCGCUGCACUGCAAGGAGAAUCCUCAAAUAGACUCCACGGAAUUCAACCGAGAAGCUCAUGGCGUCCAAAUGCAGUAUUGGACGAGGAUUGCUGAUCUCUCGUCGCCCGCUGAGUUGCCGCCAGGCAUGAUUUUGGGGCUUGUUGUGGAAGAUCCGCGACUGAAUCGACCGGAGAAGCGAUCGAAGGCCAUUCCGGAUGUCACGAGUGUGCAAGAAGUGAGAAUCCCGCCAAUGAUCAACUCGAGUCCGCUGUGGGAUGAGACUUUGAGGGACAAACUGCCGGCGGGCAUCAUGAAUAGUGAGAAGUACAGCGAGAGGAGAAGAAUUGAAGGCUUGGCGCCUGGCCAGAGGUGUUCCUUCGAGGAAGAUCUGCAGGCAGUGCCAGUGCUGCUCGUCCAGAGGCCGGGAUCUCUGCAGGGCUUCGCGAGUGGCUGGGAUGUGAUUGUGACUGAAGGAUAUGGAGUGCUCACGUGGAUUUCAUUGAUAAUGUGGGGCGCUCGAGCUGGAGGAUGGCGAGAAAGUGUCUCCACAUUGAGAGAAUUGGGAAGAGAUGCCUUUGCUCCUGACACUCCGGCCGGACGGAGAGAAGCCACUGAACAGGCGGAGGAAUUGAGGACAAAGUACUUCCGGAAGCCCGCCAAGAAGCGAGUAAACUACACAAAACUCUCCAUUGUGAGUCCCUUUGAGUGUCCGUGGCAGCAGUUGAUUGACGAGUGGUCAGGAAAAUCCGCAGAAUUGUACGUUUUGCGCGAUCGCAGAAUUCUUGAGCAAUGUCAGAAGGUAAUGAGACAUCAAUUGCCCAUGGAAGCUGUGCAUCUGGAUGAGAGUGUCCUGAUUCCUGUGUGUAUUCGGAUGGUUUCCCGCGGAAAUCCUGGGAAUUGCGCACUCAUUGCACUGCCAACGGCACAGGAACUGGAGAAGAUUCACUCAGGUGAGUGUGGAGCUCUUCACACCGAACCGCUGGCGAAGGAUCCACAGCAGAAGGCCAGGAAUAAGCUGCGCAAGAAUCACAAGCGCUUCCUGAAGCGCCAGCGAAGACUGAGGCUGCGACUGAAGCAGAAACUGCAGGAAAAGUCAGUGGAGAAGGUGAAGAUCCCAAAGGAGAGAUCACAGAUUGUUGUCUCAGCGUGCUAUGAGUUUAAGCGGAAGAUGGAGGAUUUGUGGCUGCCUCAGCAUCCCACCAGCGUCAAGGAUCAGUGCUCCAGGACGGUGAUUGGGUAUGUAACACAGUCUGACUUUUCCUUCAUCGAUUCCACAGUUUCCGCCAUUGGUUACAUCACCCUCAAUGGCUUGCGGGCAGUGAUUGGGAGUGGCCAAAAGUGGGGAAGGAGUGCAGUUCUGGUCAGAAGCACUGCGAGCAGGCAAUAUCGCGGCGCAAGCAUUUCUGUCAGAUGCCAAUAGAAAGUGUCUUUCUUA